UUCGCCAUUUAUAGUUGGGUGAUGUUAACAUGGAACAAUAACAAAAUUACCUGGAACCCUGCAGAUUAUAACGGACUGAAUGAAACCCUCAUAUUGAACUCUGACAUGUGGUACCCCGAAAUAAAAUUGAUGAAUUCCAUAGAUUCAGAGCAGUCAGUGCAUUUCUUCUUCGAACAAUGUGCGAUCAGGAGUAGUGGUGAAAUUUUCUGCAUCUACAAAAUGGUUGACAGAGCAAUUUGCAAUAGCGAUUUGACUAAAUGGCCGUACGACACGCAAUCUUGCAGUGUUAAGUUCGGAGUAUGGAAAAAUAAGAAUAGCACAGUGAGACUUAAAACGGCUGGACGUGCUGUACGUAUGAUUGGUGCUGAUUACGGAAUGGAGUGGGAUAUAAUAGAUUACAAGCAAGAGGAGAAUCAGGGAGCGGAGACCCAACUAACAAUGACAUUUGUGAUAGAGCGACACGCGGAGACGGUAGCUGCUACGCUCAUUUAUCCAUCUAUAGCACUUUCUACAUUAUCAAUAGUUUCUUUUACUUUGGAUGUGAGAAGAAUGACACGUUUCGGACUCGUCUGUUUUAAUAUAGCGAAUCAUUUUUCAUUCUUGACAGAGUUGCAGGAGAAUAUGCCUGGUCAUAGUUUUUACACGCCUAGUGUUUUGUUCUAUUACCGAGGCUCGAUGUUGACCAACAUAUUCCUUUUUCUCUUGACGCUUAUGUUGGCUGUUAUGUGCAAGAGAGAGAAGGUGCCUCCUCUUUGGGUCUCUUUCGUUAAUGAUAUCGUAUACAAAGGCCGAGGGAAGAUGCUGGUUUGGCCUAAAUGGGAAUCGGAGGUGGGUGCCAACGAAUUCGCUGAACAGUGGACUAAUUUUGCAAAUAUAAUUAACAGUGUAUUCUUUAUUGUUACUGUUAUUGUUUAUGUGUGUCUAUAUUUUGUUUAUAUGCCCCAACCACCGCCAUUAAAUUAUUAA